AUGAGAAGAAAGAUAAGAGAGAAGAUACGAACAGACAAAAAAGGUGAAAAAGACGCAGAUGACAAAGACGACGAGAAAGACGGAAAAGACAAGGAAGAAGAAGAAGAAGAAGAAGAAGGAAUAGCGUUUAUCUCAACCCAAUACUACGUAUUCUACAUUCACCCAGCGAAUCAUUUACUCUGUCCAUUGUCAUUUCUAUCUCACGAACCCCCGUACAGCGUCAGCCGUGACGAGCGAGCGGCGGGCGAACGGCGCAUGCGCAGUGGCAUCUGCGCCGGCGGAAGGGAGGAAGCGAGGGCGUCUCCGCCGGUCCCGGACAGCACGCGAGGGCCGCGGCGCGCGACAGUGUGUGGAAGACGGCGGGUGCGGCUGGAACCGACACGAACGGGAGGGGCUGAUUCGGAGCCACGGGUACGUUACAUGCCUGCUGAUGUCGAUGUGAUGGCGUUGCCAGCUGAUAUCGACUUAUCAGAACGGUUGCAAAAUGAAUUAUGUGCAUAUUUUAUGACCACGAGUGACACAAGGCAUGUGUGUGAUUCGCAGAGCAAGAUGCUGAAGGGCGGAAGUGACACCCGCAUGCUGUGGGCGUCCUUCCCUGAGCCGCUUGACUUUCGGGUGUACCUGUUCAACGUCACCAACCCAGACGCUGUUCACGCAGGUGCCAAGCCCAUCAUGCAGGAAGUGGGGCCGUACUUCUACGGAGAGUACAAGACAAAAGAGAAUCUGGCUGACAACAUGGCGAACGAUACCGUGUCCUACAACCAGCGAGUGCGUUGGGUGUUCAACAGAGAGAAGUCGGGCGGACUCACCGGGGAUGAAAUGAUCACAAUGCCGCACCCGCUCAUUGGCCUGGUGGGCGCCCUGGAACGCACCAAGCCGGGCAUGCUGGGCAUGAUCGGGAAGGCGCUGCCGGUCAUCCACCGCCAGCCCGCGCACGCCUUCAUGACGGCGACGGCCCACCAGAUCCUCUUCGGCGGCGUCCCUGUCAGCUGCGACGUGAGCGACUUCAGCGCCAAGGCCGUGUGCGGCGCCCUCAAGAAGGACGGCAAGGACUUCCACUGGGUCAGCGACAAGGAGUUUACAUUCUCCUUCUUCGGACACAAGAACAACACGCUGGACCCUCACCGCCUGGAGGUGAAGCGCGGCAUCCAGAACAUCGCCGACCUCGGACGGGUCGUCUCGUGGAAGGGCGAGCCCAAGAUGGCGGUGUCGAUCGCGGCGACGUACGACCGGGACAUCGUGCACGAGGGCAUCCCCGGGAGGCGCUACACAGCGGACUUCGGCGACCAGAGCUCGGUGCCCGACGAGAAGUGCUUCUGCGCGGCCGAGGACCAGGUGUACAACCUGCCUUGCCCUCAGGGUCAAAUACUGGCCUCACGGCAGUUGAAGAGGUUAACUGAACCUUCUUGUCCUACGGGUCAAAUUGACCUCACGCCAGUAAAGAUCACCGGGACACCGCUGGAGGCGCGCAAGCGCUUGCAGUUCAGCCUGCCGAUCCACCCGGUGGAGAAGGUGGCGCUGCUGGCCAACGUGCCCACCGCCCUCGUGCCGCUCUUCUGGGUGGAGGAGGGCCUGGCGCUGCCCCAAAUGUACGUGGACCAACUGAAGUCCUCUCUUUUCCGCGCCAUGAAGAUCAUGGGCAUCCUCAAGUGGGUGAUGAUGGCGGCCGGAGUGGGCAUGGGAGGCGUCGGGGGCUUCCUGCUGUACAAAAAGAAACAGGAGCUCGCCCUCAACUCCAUCAGCAUCAACUCCAACCCGUCCAAG